AAAUGGAUAUGGAAUAACAAGCAUAAAAUGGAAAUAAAGAUUUUUAUCAUAGCUUACAGUGUAAUCACAGUAAUCAGCAUUCAAAUUUGUCGGUGUGCGAAGUUUAGUAUCGAGGUGCUGCAUGUGAAGACUGGUGCACAAUUCGGGAUAUUCGACAUCUACAGCAAUACAUCAUUGUCAGGAAUUUUCACAUCAGAGAUCGACGGAACACAAUACAAUCAAUACAAAUCAGACAUCAUCAACGAUUGGACGAAAAGAAAUAUACAGAAGGUAAAAAUAAGCCUUAGCAGUCAGGGUCAGGUAGCAGCGUUUUUUGAGUUUGAUGGAAGAAGUACCACCAGCAUGAACUGGAUGUCUAAAUCACGGCUAAUCAAUUCGUCAUAUUCUGAUCUAGAUGAAGCUUCGAUGCAUUACUGCGAAAUCAGAUUUCGGGAGAAUUUAAGAGUCCAUAGAAUGUUUUAUAUUGCUGCACCACACAACAAAUGUGAAGGGGACAGUGGAUGGCUAGUAGUGAUACCAUCAACCAAUUAUGAACCUUGUAACGUUGACCAAGUUACUUCUACAACAAUAUGGUAUAGUGAUCUGAAGACAAAGAAACUCUUCAAUGAUGUUGAAUUCGAUUUCUGUCACAUUCUUUGUCUCGCUUUGGUCCCAGCGCUACAAAACAUGAAAUCUCUUCAGGGAUUUUCUCAGCGUAGAAAUCUCCAGAAAGCAGAUAGCAUGACCAUUGAGGUUGAAAUGGAUGUUAACUGCAAUGACAGCGAGCUGUUCGUUGAAAAUUCAACUCACAUCCUGUCAGGUGCAUACAACGAGAUUGUUACCUAUCAAUGUCUGGAAGGAUUUCGUCACACAUCAGGAGACUUAAUAAGACGGUGUACACAGACGGGGCAGUGGAGUGGUUCGAGUCCUGUCUGUGACAAAUGCUGUAUAUGUAAAAAUACAUAUAUUAAUCCGAAUGAUACAGAAGCAAUAGAUGCCAGUGUGAAGAAAAUUAAAUCUGAACUUUCCAUCAAAGCAAACGAAACAUCCAUGGCUCAACGAAAGAAGAUAAGUGCUACAGAUAACCGACCAUCAUCCAAAGUAAUGGGCAGUAUACUAGGGGGUGUUUUGUUGGGAAGUCUUGUAUUCAUUAUUGUGGUUAGUGAUUUAGCUCUUUUGUUAAGUCACAUUAAAAUGGCAAUAUACAAUAUAAAACAGGGCAGUAUUGCGAAGGUUAAAAGUAAGUAGAAGACCAAUUUUAGUAAUUACACAAUCUUAAGGAUAUCUUACAGAUGUACGAGUAUAUUAAGUUUGAUCUCCAUGUUCUUGAAUU